UUCCUGCUUCAUCUGUUGCAAAGCUGCGGGAGAGGCGGCGGUCAAUGCAUCCUGCUAGCUGAAACAGAAGAAACUUUGCGUAAACGUACACAGUAUCAGCAGGGAAUCCAUCGACAGACGCAAAUGAAAAAAUAUACGGAUUACUCAGUUAGCGGUUUUUUUCGUGCGUAAAACUUCUGGUUACUGGACUAUGCGCAAACUUGUAGCCACUGUAGAACCUACACGUCUUUUGAGAGCUGGCCUUUUUACAGUCACAUUUACAUUUUGAGAAGUGGACGUUUCAAUGAGCCUUUUUAUGCGACUGUUACGGGCUGCAGACUAAAAAAAAGACGCACCAUUAUAAUCGCUUGGAGUCGAGGGGGAAUUUGGAGACUGCAGACAUGGGACCAUUUGUCAUCUGCGCGUUUCUGCUGUUAAAAGUUACUCUUGGAGAUGUCUGUACCAGCGGCCAGUUCACUGAAUCGGGGCAGUGUUGCAGUCUGUGUCCUGCUGGCUCCCAAGUGCUGGAAAAGUGUGGGAAAGAGGAUACCAAGUGCACGCCAUCAUGCCCAAAGGGAACGUUUUUUUCAUCGGAUGGCCUCAGCCCCUGCAUUCCCUGUACAAAGUGCCCGUCUGGUAUUCCCACGCAUGCCUCUUGUUCUGGCACUCAAGACACACAAUGUAAAUGUCGCAUCGGCUACUUCUUUUUGAGUCAACACGGCCUGUGUGCACCUUGCUCUAAAUGCACUCGAGCUGGCGAGGGUGUUACUAGGGAGUGUGGCCCGCAGGGAGACACGCAAUGCCAGAUCUGUGCCCCGGGAACUUUUUCAGAGGAGCGUAUCAGCACCAAACCCUGCAAUACCUGCACCCAAUGCUCCGACAUUGAGGUGGAGAUCCGAUCCUGCAUGCCCAACUCCGACACACUGUGCAUGGAUAAGAAGCUGCACAUUCUGUCUCGUCCUGCUCUGGAUGGGUCUGAUGCCCCUCGCGAGGAGGAGGAGACAAGUUCUGCCACUGGAACGCCAAAUCUUCCCCCGAAGGCCGAGGGAAGCAGCAACAACAUCCUGGCCUACGUGUCUGUUCUGGCUGCCGUGGUGCUGGGUCUGAUUGUUUACGUUGCUUAUAAAUGUUGGAGAUCCUGUAAACAGAAGAGGGCUCUCUCUAAGGCCCGUGCGGCCGAGUUGGGAGCAUCUCCAGAGGGAGAAAAGCUCCAAAGUGACAGCGGUGUUUUUCUGGACUCUCACAGCAUACAGGACAACCAGCCCAGCAAAGGUACCAAGAGGGACAGCAAGCAGGACAACCGUCUGUACAUUAACCUGCCCCCCCACAGACAGGAAGAGGUGGAGCGCCUCCUACAGGAGAGAGAGGGGCGGGGGUGGAGACAGCUGGGCGCCGCGCUGGGUUAUGAGCCUGAACAGCUGGACCUGUUUGGGCGUGGAGAGGCCCCCGCCCACACGCUCCUCUCUAACUGGGCCCAGAAAGAAGGCUCCUCUCUGGGACUGCUGUGUUCUGCUCUGGCCCGCAUUGAGAGGUCUGAUGUGGUCACAGCUCUUAACUCCCCCAUGCAAGGUGUUUCUGUGGUGUGACGGCCCCUCGAACACACAUAACGCUAAAAGACUCAAGUGAAGAACUUUCAUUGAAAUGACAAGCAAGGCACUCUGAUAUCAACACCUCUGUCACUCAUGGUCCUAUUUGCUUUGUUGGACACUUAUAAGAGAACAAAAAACAUUCUUGUAUCUCUUUUCUCGGCCCCAGUUUAUGUGACCGAUUGAUUUUGUAUGAAUCCAACUUCAAGUCAUAAUCUUCUGCAAAGUUCUAUCAUCGCUGCAGAACGAAUACCAACUUUUCUAUUGAAAAUGAAAACUCUGACCAUAUAGUAUGUUACAACCUCUCAUUGCAGCUACUGAGUGAAAAAGAUGUUCAAUUCUAGUCAAGCCUAAAUGCCUUGCUCAAUGCACAACAUUUUUUACUUUUGUAUUAGAACUAUAAUGACUGACACAACAAUAACUAUAUUUGUAAUGUUGUUUACAUGAACACAAAUCCUGGUAUUCGGUUAGAGGCAGGAAACAGAAGAAUGUGUUUACACGUGUUGCAGAAGUGUGAUUAUUCUAAAAACCGCUGUUUACACAUUAUUUGGGCAGUAAUCAGACUUAUCCUCAAAAAAAAGAUCAGCCUUCGAUGUUCUUCUGUAAACAAAUACAGCUUAGAUCAUGUUGUUUGUAGUCUCGAGCCAACCUUGUUUCAUGAAUCCAACUUCAGAAACUUCUUGGUAUUGCAGAUGAUUUUUUUCCAGACCUUUCAACGACACUGCUCUCCGACAUGAUGUGACUUUCCCUAAUAAGGAUCAUAGAAAACUCCAAGAAGCAAUGAGGGGUUUACUUGACCAACGCAACGGACCAAUCUUCCCGAUGACGCCUGCAGUUGCUAAGAAGACUGUCUAAUGUGUAGAUAGUAACUACGCACUAAGUGUUUUUUAAGUUUAUCGCCUUGUUCUUUUAUUCUUCCUUUUCUGCUGCAGUCACUACGUUGCCUUGGUAUUUACUGUAUAUACAUUGGGGAUAUUAAUAACCACCAGUGAUGUUUCAAAUAUCAUCAGAAGACACGAAAAUGAAGCAUUCUGUGUUAGCUCGUCCUAAUAAUCACAUAAUGCUUGUAAAUAUCUUAAAGUGGACCUAUCAUGCUAUAUUUGAAUAAUAUAGUGUAGGACCAUACCUAUAUAAGGCAUAUUUAUACUUUUUUUUUUUCAAAAUACCAAACA